UGUGACACAUUGCCUACCCCAUAAUGUGUGAUCUAUGUCACCACCUAGUGAUUAAAUCCAGUUAUUGUGUUCACUGGAUGCAUUACUUCAUUACACUUACAGUACAUCUCUUACCUGCAUCCAGCUCAAAAUAUACUGCACACAAAAGUGCCUGUUAUUGUAUUGAAUGGGUUUUACAUUAGCUGUAUUCACUGCGAGUCUUUUGAGUGUGUGUGUCAAUUAACAAAGAAACAUGUCAGUAAUUUGAACCCAUGCCGUGACACAGGAGCUCAUCUUUUGACAGUCUCCUGGCAACAACUAACCAGUGACUUCAUUCAACCCCAGACACCCGACCAUAGGAGAAAACAACAAAACUUUUACAAAAAAAAAAAAUUCUUCUAAUACGUUUGUUUUUUCUAUAAUGAAUGGAGGGGGAAUCUAUUCCACAUUACGUACGAUUUCUCAGGACGCCCGCUGUGAGUUCAGAUGGAGUGAGCGGGUGGCUAUGCAGACAUUUGAACGUGCCGUGCGAGAGAGGUCCAGAGGGGAGGUAUGACUUUCACAGCAUGGUUGAGAAAAACAGACGUGCUUUUUCCAAAUUCAAUCCUCAAGCCCAGCCGCCCGAUGGAAAUGCACCUCUGGCACCGUUGCGUGACAAUGUGCCCCUAAUGGAUCCGUGCUCGGGUCAACUAAGUGCCGGGGCACAGGUGCAUCUGGACUUAAGGAUUCGAAGCCCAUUCGUUGACAGAGUUUACACUGCAUCCGAUCUGUGGGUUCCUCCUGGGACAAAAGACCUCAGGCCUCAGACUCCUCCACUCAGACCUUCAGCUCUGCAGUAUGAUGAGUCUGAUCACAACAGGUGGAACUCUAGGUCAAAACUACAGGCAGCAGUGAGGGCCAGACUUGAAGGGCUGACUGUUAAACCCUUCAGUCCGAACAGCACUGAAAUAAAUACGGAUGCACAGCUGUCUGUACCUGAUAGUGUUAAGAUGGCAGCUCGACAAUUCAUCUACACUUCAACAACUCAAAGAGGUUAUGAAGAUGUGGACUGGGACUCAAAAUUACCUCCACGUCACAAACCUCCCUCGACUACACUGGAGAAAAUGGCUGACCGUGUGAGUCAACACUCCGUACUAAAGAGAUAUAAUAAGAGACCUGAGCUUUGGCAGGUGGGCCAUUGGUCCCACUGGACCAAAAAUCAGUUGCGUGCCACGUUUAACCCUAGGAAACCCAUAAGCUUCACCAGCCCAUGUCCAAAAUCAGGCCAUAUACCAUUAUACUGUGGCACAGUGGGCUCUGAAGACAUGGAUGGUGUGGACAACCCAGAUGAAGAUUUCAUACCUCUGACUGUUCUGCGGACCACAGUCCCUCCACAAACCCCGACAAGCUUCCGAAAUGCUAUACCUGGGUACACUGGUAAAGCCAGAUUUGACGGACCAAAAACCACAGCAGGCAAUCUACCUUCUGUAUCAUAUACACAGACAGCAGGGAGCAGUCCUGAUGGAUGUAGAUCCACCAUUUAUAGACGUAAAGCCCCUGUAUCAAGAAUGGUCACCACUGUACCACCGGGAAACCCCUACAUUCAUCCCUAAGACCCCAAAUGUUCAACUUAAUAUCUCUAGUAACAGAUUCAUGUAGAUACUUCAUUCAAAAGAAGAAUAAAUGCUAAAAGUGGUGGGAAAUGAGCAGCUUCCUUUUCAUGAAAUCUAAUCUGUGUUUGUGAAUAGAUCUGUAAUAAUGCUAUGGCAAUGACUGAUUCUGUGUAAUAAUGAGAUGCUUUAUUAGCACAAUUUCCUUUGAUUUAGAUGAGUGCUUCUGAAAAUGUGGAGGCUGUUACGUUGUCUCAAACAGACUUACGUAGUUGCGCACACCACGUGUGUCCAUGCGGAUAAAUGAGCAA